UUGCUUUAUUUUCGGCCAAGAAUCCGCUGCUUAAUUGUCACUGUCCGAUCCUUAUCACUCCCGCUAGCACGGCCUCAGUCCUCUGCUCGCGCGGCCUCUGCUCUUCCCCUCAGCCGACCGCCGGGCCGCUGCCGUAUUGCCCUCUUGCUCCGCGUCGGACUCCGUCGGCUCACCGCACAAGACUCCGCCGCCGCCGCUUAUCCUUCCGCAGCCUUGCGGGCUGCCCACCGCGCGCCGACCCUGGUCUAGGUGGCCCUGCUAUCGAACACCUUGUGUUCUCAAGCUUUAUGAGUGCAAGGGAGUAUUGCUAAGAGUAUAUCGCCAUGGCAUCCCCUGCUUCCGUUACAAACCUCGGGAGCAACGGGAAGCCUGGCCCAACGCCCGUGGCGGUAGCGAGGAGAGCGCACUUGGUCACAAGGAUCAGUUUCACUGGGUUUGACGGUAUACGGCGGUGGCAUUAUGCGCCUGGGAGGCUGUGUAGAUGUAUGGUCAUCACUAAUUUGAUUGAGGAAAAGGGGGUUCAGUUCUCGUCAAGAGGAGGUGUGAGUGUCACAGCCGAUGAUGGCAAUGAUCUGCUUCUGAAGCCGCCACAGAAGCCAGUCGGGCCGAAUGGGCCACCGGAGAGCAUGAAACCAGCAUCAUUGCCUGAUCGGAAGCCAGUGGGGGCAACUUUAGAGGACAGAGAUAAGGUCAGGGAGUCAUUACACGAGGUGUUGGAGAAGGCGGAGAAGCUCGAGGCGUCAAGCUCCGGAAAUGGAGCCGGUGAAAACACCGGUUCUAGACAGAAUAAUGUUUCGAUGCGUAAUGGUCCUGGGGCAACAGUUGUGGAGGAGGGUGGGAAUUCAAGGAAGACAAAAACACUAAAGAGUGUAUGGCGAAAGGGAAACCCCGUGCCAACUAUACAUAAGGUGAUUAGAGAGCAACCACGAACAGAAAGUAGGAAUCAGUCCAUACCUGCAGCUAAACCAACCUUGUCAUCUCCAUCAAAACCAGUACCUCAGCUACUAUCAAAACCUUCUGUAGCACCGCCACCUCGCCGGCCUGUCAAGUCCAAUACAUCAAUGGAGAAAAAAGGACCCAUCCUAAUAGAUAAAUUUGCAUCCAAGAGGGCAACGGUUGAUCCAGUUGUACCUGAGGAACUGUUAGAUCCUCUAAAGCCAGUACGAGGCCCGCCAGCAAAAGUCAGAGUUGAUCGUCGCAAAAAGCAAAGCACACCAGCUGGUUCCCGCCGACGUAUGUCAAAUGAUGAUGGAUUAGUAGAUGAGGAUACUACUGAUGUGUCAAUUUCUGGUGUUCCAGUGCGCAAGGGAAGGAGGUGGAGCAAGGCAAAACGUAGGGCUGCAAGGCUUGAGGCUCUUCAAGCAGAAGAGCCAGUUAGAGUCGAGAUCCUUGAAGUUGGUGAAGAAGGUAUGCUGAUUGAGGACUUGGCAUAUGAGUUGGCAGUUAGUGAGUCAGAAAUUUUGCGCUUCUUAUCUGUGAGAGGAGCUAUGCUCGACAAUGUUCAGACUCUGGAUAAAGAUUUGGUUAAGAUGGUUUGCAUGGAAUAUGAUGUUGAAGUGCUAGAAAGUUGUCCUGUGAAAGUGGAAGAAAUGGCAAAGAAGAAGGAGUUCCUUGAUGAGGAAGAUCUGGAUAAGUUGGAAGUAAGACCUCCCAUUGUGACUAUCAUGGGCCAUGUUGAUCAUGGGAAGACGACUCUGUUGGAUUAUAUACGCAAGAGUAAGGUGGUGGCAUCGGAGGCUGGUGGUAUAACACAAGGAAUUGGAGCUUAUCAGGUUCUUGUACCAGUAGAUGGAAAUCCUCAAGCUUGUAUUUUUCUGGAUACUCCAGGCCAUGAGGCUUUUGGUGCAAUGAGAGCUCGAGGAGCUAGAGUAACUGAUAUAUGUAUCAUUGUUGUGGCUGCGGAUGAUGGUGUUCAGCCACAAACAAGUGAGGCAAUUGCACAUGCAAGGGCAGCCGGAGUCCCUAUUAUAAUAGCAAUCAACAAGGUAGACAAGGAGGGAGCUAAUCCAGAACGAGUCAUGCAAGAGCUUUCUCAAAUUGGACUUAUGCCGGAGACGUGGGGUGGUGAUACCCCAAUGAUUCAGAUAAGUGCUCUUACUGGAGACAAUGUUGACGAACUAUUAGAGACUGUCAUGCUUGUUGCGGAGUUGCAAGAAUUGAAGGCCAAUCCUCAUAGAAAUGCAAAGGGCACUGUUAUUGAAGCAUGUCUUGACAAGGCCAAAGGUCCACUUGUCACCCUAGUUGUACAGAAUGGAACCCUAAACAAGGCUGAUAUUAUUGUGUGCGGUGAAGCUUUUGGAAAGAUCCGUGCAAUGUAUGAUGAUCGUGGGAGGCCAGUAGACAAAGCAGGACCAUCCAACGCCGUGCAGGUUAUUGGCCUGAACAAUGUCCCCCUUGCUGGUGAUGAGUUUGAUGCAGUUGACAACCUUGAUGUUGCACGCGAAAGGGCAAAUGAGCGCGCUGGAGCACUGCGUAUUGAAAGGAUAUCUGCAAAAGCUGGGGAAGGAAAAGUCACUCUUUCAUCUAUUGCAGCAUCUGUUUCGUCUGGAAAGCAAGCCGGAAUUGAUACACAUGAGUUAAAUGUCAUCCUUAAAGUUGAUUUUCAGGGUUCAAUUGAGGCCAUUAGGCAAGCCAUCCAAGCUCUACCUCAAGAAAAUGUCUCCUUGAGGUUCCUACUUCAAGCUCCGGGAGAUGUGAGUGUUAGCGAUGUUGAUCUCGCUGUUGCUUCUGAAGGAAUUAUAUUUGGUUUUAAUGUCAGAGCUCCAGGAUCAGUUAAAACUUAUGCUAAGAAGAAAAGUGUUGAAAUUCGGCUGUACAAGGUGAUCUAUGAUUUGAUUGAUGAUUUACGGAAUGCCAUGGAAGGGCUUCUUGAACUUGCUGAGGAGGAAGUACCACUCGGUUCAGCGAAAGUUCGAGCUGUUUUCAGUAGUGGCAGUGGAAAGGCGGCAGGUUGCAUGAUUACUACAGGAAAGGUUGUCCAAGACUGUAAUGUUCGGGUUAUUCGUAAAGGAAGAGAAGUUUAUAUUGGUACACUCGAUUCCUUGAGACGGGUUAAAGAAACUGUAAAGGAGGUUGGUGCGGGGCUAGAGUGUGGUAUUGGAGUAGAUGACUUCGAUGAAUGGGAAGAAGGUGAUGUCGUAGAGGCAUUCAACACUGUGAAGAAGGCAAGAACCCUCGAGGAAGCCUCUGCCACGGUGACUGCUGUUCUGAAGGAUGCAGGUGUACAGCUGUAGAAUUGGCAAUGCUGAUAAGCGAUAAGAGGUUUGACAGCUGCAGCAGCCAACAAUUUUUUGGCAACAAAGCUGGAGCGCACUGGUCGAGUUGCUGAAGAACGACAAGCAUGUACCUGCACAGACAUAACUUAUGCAGGCCAAUCCUACAUCGCCGGUGUCUGAGCUCGACCAUCUCACUAGUCCCAUAGCUGCAUCUUCUGUUGAAAGUUGAUGUACAUAGAGGAUGAGAUCAACUGUAUUACCCUUUUUAGUUGCGGAUAAAGGGGUAUGUCUAAUUUUGCAACUAUUGAUUUUUGACACAAGAUGUUACCUACAACGGUGAAGCCAUCAUUGUGCAAUCAUCAUCCAUACUCGUCAUGACAGCUAAAGGAUGUAUUUCUUGGAAUAGAGGAUCAAUAAAGGAUAAAUAGGCAUUUGAAAGUAA